GGCAUUUGUGGGUGCCGCUCCCUGUUAGGUGAAGCUGCAGGACGGAGUCCAACGGCUGUUUUUUUCCUCAGUUACAGUUAAAAUACAAAGUUUAGCUGCAGUUAAUCUUUAUAAAAAGUUUGUCAGAGUGCUCAGGUAACGUUUAGUGUUCUCAAAGGUGUUUUCUUUGACGGAAAAGGUGUCGUUUCCUGUUCCGGACUGUGAGUAGUCUUUUCCUCCGCCCUGGUGUUUGCUCCCGUGGUCUGAAGAAGAUAAAAUAUAACAGCUCUGAUAAGAUGACGGACUGUAUCAGUAAAGUGGAGCUGAGCGUCUCCUGCACUGACCUGCUGGAUAAAGAUGUCGGAUCCAAGUCUGAUCCUCUGUGUGUGCUGCUGCAGAAGGCAGGAGACAAAUGGACCGAGCUGGGUCGUACUGAACAUCUGAUAAACACCUCCAGCCCGUCCUUCAGUCAGCGUCUCAGGCUGGAUUAUCACUUUGAGACGGUGCAGAAUCUGAAGCUGGGGGUCUACGACAUUGACAACGCCAGCAAAGACCUGGGCGAUGAUGACUACCUGGGAGGGGUUGAGCUAACGCUGGGACAGAUAGUAUCCAGCAAAACUCUUACAAGACCUCUGCAGCUGAAGAAAGGCAAACCUGCAGGAAAAGGAAGCAUUACGGUCACAGCAGAGGAGAUAAAGGACAACAGAGCCAUUGAGUUGGAGUUUGAGGCUAAAAACCUGGACAAGAAGGAUACAUUUGGGAAGUCUGAUCCGUUCCUGGAGUUUUCUAAACAAGGGGAUGAUGGAAAGUGGCAUCUUGUCCACAGAACGGAGGUGGUGAUGAACAAUCUGAAUCCCAGCUGGAAGAAGUUCACUGUUCCUAUGCAGACGUUCUGCAGCAGCGACCUCGACAAACCAAUAAAGGUGGACUGCUCCGAUUAUGAUAGUGACGGGUCUCAUGAUCUGAUCGGUUCUUUCAUCACUAAAGUGUCAGAGCUGCAGAAAGGUGGACAGGUGCAGUUUGAUUGCAUCCACCCUGAGAAACAGAAGAAAAAGAAAAGCUACAAGAACUCUGGAGUCGUCUCUUUGAAGAGCUGCAAGAUGCUGACUCAGCACAGCUUCCUGGACUUUGUGAUGGGCGGCUGCCAGAUCAACUUCACCGUUGGGAUCGACUUCACCGGCUCUAAUGGUGACCCUCGCUCACCCAACUCUCUCCACUACAUGAGUCCAGACGGGUUGAACCAGUACCUGUCUGCUCUGUGGUCUGUGGGUCAGGUGGUCCAGGACUAUGACACUGAUAAACUCUUCCCAGCCUUCGGUUUUGGAGCCAAACUGCCUCCAGACUACCAGGCUGCACACCAUGAGUUUGCCCUCAACUUCAACCCCACCAGCCCCUACUGCCAAGGUAUUCAGGGGAUCGUUGAGGCCUACAGGAUGGUUCUGCCUCAGCUGAGACUCUCUGGGCCCACAAACUUCUCUCCCAUCAUCAAUCACGUUGCUUCCAUCGCCUCCCAAGCAGCACAGGUCAACACUGCCUCUCAAUACUUUGUCCUCCUCAUCCUCACUGAUGGUGAGAUCACAGACUUCGACCAGACCCGGGACGCCAUCGUCAGGGCGUCACGGCUGCCGUUGUCAAUCAUCAUUGUGGGGGUGGGGCCUGCAGACUUCAAGGCCAUGGAGCUUCUGGAUGGAGACGACGGGAAGCUGAGGUCGACAGUGGGGGAGGCCAUCGCCAGAGACAUUGUCCAGUUUGUCCCGUACAGACAGUUCAAAGACGCUCCACAUGCAGCUCUGGCUCAGUCUGUUCUCGCUGAGGUUCCCAUCCAGCUGGUCUCUUAUUUCAAAAUGAGAGGCUUGGAACCACCUAACCCCAAAGCCGCCCCCAAAGCCGCCCCCAAAGCCGCCCCUAAAGACGCCCCUAAAUCCUAAACAUCUGCACCCACACAUCCUCAAAGCCACCCUGCACUCCCCAAACGCACCCUUAAAGCUGAAGGCUCACCCUCAUCUCAUUCCAGGAUCACACCACCCACUAAGUCGACCACUUUUCAGGGACCAACCUGAUGUGUUGGUAGAAUCAGCCAAUCACGAUACAGCAUAAAGCUGUGGGCCAAUCAGGUUGCCAUGGGCAACCAUCCCUGUUUUUUUUAAUCAGUUUUAUAACACUUUGUUUCCUUAUUUUUCUCUUUGAUAAGUAGAAUGACGAUGCUGUAGUAUAGAUUAUUGAAUCCUUCUGCUGCUUCCACACUAACUAUGCAGAUCACAUGUUUACUAACAUGUUUAACAAUCAAAGAGCCACACACACACAGAAAGUGUCAGCCAUUUUUUGGCUCCACACUCCGUUUCUUGUAUCGUCGGCUCUGUAUGUGUGUGUGGCUCUGAUUAGCUUUAUUGAUCAGGGAUCAAUACUUCGCACUUUGCUCAUGCACUUAAUGCUGGAAUAUUGUAUCAUGAAUGAUAAUAUAUACUCUAUCAUAGCUUUACCACUACAGCCUUACUUUAAUCUUUACUAUAGCUUUACUAUUAACCUAUAGUCAGCCUUACUGUAGUCGUUAGUGUAGCCUGUGUGACCUCAGCACGCUGCUUCAGCCUGAAUGUUUCCAGGCUGUUCUGUCACGACACUCGGUGGUUUGUUGAUGCAGCCAUCUUAGCUCCCAGAGCAGUCAUCCUUUCUACCUGUUUCUUAAAAUGGUCUGACCCUUGUUUGACCCUUAUAACUCAAAACUUGAUCACCUGUCAGUAUUACACACAGGUCAGUCAGCACAUCAGUUAAUCGAUCAUCCUGAAUCAAACAAGUGCAUGACUGCAGUUAAACACCCUGAAGUAUCUGUCUGAACACAUCUCGUCUACAUUCAGUGGUCACAUAUACAGACGAGGGCAUUGACACGUUUAACGGUCAAGUGUUUGACAUACAGAUGACAAACUUAAGACAUCAUGCAGACCCUUGUGUCCUGCAGAUGUGGAAAGCAUCUAAUAUAACCUGAUCUUCAGGCACCAGCUGAUCUCCCUGCAAAACACGCAGUGAAUUACAAAAUAGAAAUGUAAAAGAAUGACAACAAUUAAGGACUAUUUAGUGGAGUCGAGUAAAGUCUACAGAGUGCAAUAUAUCUCAAAGUGCCUUAAUGAAUUAACCUGACAAAAUCUCUCCAGUCUCCAGACCUGAAUGUUUACUGGGAGCCAACAUGGCCGCCUCUGCAGCAUGGUGACAUCACUGCAGACUGUCAUGGUGUUGUGAUGCUGCGUUCAGGUCAUGUGGAAGUUAACGCCGUCAGCAUCCAAGUGACACUUUUUUUCCAGCUGUAGGUAAAUAACAUAAAAACUAAAGAAGCACGGCACCCUCAAGUUGGUUAAUAAGUGUCACUAAAUUCUGAUUUAAUGCUGAACACUUUGACCUCUGCCUGACAGACAUCAGAUUAAUGUUCAUUAAGGUGUGUUCAGACUGAUUGAAUACAUGUAAACAGGUGUGAUGUGCUUGAUAGACGUACAGAGAUAUGAGGGAAAUAACAGGAAGUGAGUUCAGAGUCACAUGGUGUGUAUGUAGCUAGCUAGUUUUUUAAAAUUGGUUUCACAUUCAGUCUGAACUCACUUUAUACUGAUUAAGAACACUGGUGGUUGUCUUAGUUGUCCAGUGAUGUGAGAAUUUGGAAGUCAUAACCAUAAUAACCUUCCAUCCCACAUGACCUGAACGUCACACUGAGAGUCUGUCUGAACAUCUGCCCUGUUUCUUUACCAAAGACUGUCUUUUAAUUACUGGAAUGACCUGAACACACACACUUACAUUCACAAAUGUGUCAAAACUCUUGUUUACUGCAUCAAAGCCACAGUUAAUGUUACAUUUAUUAAUAAGAGUCAUUGCCAACGCAUCAUCUGCAGCCACUUUAAAUCGCCUGGAAUUCAUUUGAAUCACCACUAUUGCUGUGCAUGUUGAUGGAAUAUAUUUUCAGGGUCCAUUUUAUUAAAGUGAAAUAUUUGUACCGCUUAUUAUUUGUAGCACUGUUUGUUUUAACUUCAACAAGAGAUUAAUUCUUCAUGUUUGGGAGCAAAUUAAUAACAGCUGGAAGCUCUGGAAAGAGCUCAUAUGUAAAUGAAGUGAGUGAAGAUUAUUUUAUCAGUGCUGAUGUCAUAUCAGAGGAGUAUUUUUAGUCAAAGCAGUGUUUUAUGUUUCCAGCAGUUUCUCCUCCGUUUGCCUCUGAGGUGCCGACAGUGUGUGCUGCUGCAGACCGAGUUUUUGCUUGUUUUGGGAUCAAAUUUGUUCCAAUUUUCUGUUAAGAAAGCAACAGAAACUAUCACUUGAUCAACCUUAGAGGGCCUUCUACUCAGAAAGAAGAAAGGAUGAGGGUUUCUAAGGUUUUUUUUUUCUUUUAGAGAGAGAGACCAACUAAUUUCUGAGUCUUGAUUCAUCCAAAA